AAAAUCAGUAGAUGCUCCUUCGAAAAUCCAAACUACGUGCCAGAUUAUUCAUCAGUUUAACCAACUCUCAGAUAACAAUUAAAACAAAUAUUUAUCAUUCAUAUUCAUGCCAACAAAGAAGAACCACUGCUGGGAAACCAAAGGGGGCAAAAGCCAUGGAAGUAGUUAAGGAAAAGAGCAGCAGCUUGCUAUGCUGUGUAUCUCAUCUUGUUCCUUCUGUCCAAGAAUUAGCCAAGAAGCCGAUAACCACCCUUCCACCCAGAUAUGUACAGCAAGAUCUCGACGGCAGUGAAGCCCGAGACCAAGUAAACAAGAUCGAUUCCGAUGAUGCGCGGAGUUAUGUACAACCCGAAAUACCAGCCAUCGACUUCAAGAAACUGCUUUCUCGGGACGAAGCGAACAGUUCUCAUGAGUCUGAUGAAUUAGCUAGACUCCACUUGGCUUGCAAAGAGUGGGGUUUUUUCCAGUUGGUAAACCAUGGGGUGAGCUCUUCUUUGUUGGAGAAAAUUAAGACAGAUAUUCAAGACUUCUUCAACCUUUCAAUAGAGGAGAAGCAACGGUUUUGGCAGCGUCCAGAAGACAUGGAGGGUUUUGGGCAACUCUUUGUACUUUCUGAAGAGCAAAAACUUGAUUGGGCUGACGUUUUCUUCAUGACCACACUUCCUGUCCAGAUGAGGAAGCCUCACUUAUUCCCGGAGCUCCCUGGUCCUUUCAAAGAUACCUUGGAGAUGUACUCACUGGAGUUGAAUAACCUUGCCAUUGCUAUCCUAACACAAAUGGAACACGCUUUGAAACUUGAUGCCAAGGAAUUGACCGAGUUAUUUGAAGAUGGAAUGCAGUCCAUGAGAAUGAACUAUUACCCUCCAUGUCCUCAGCCGGAGAAAGCCAUCGGCUUUACUCCUCAUUCGGAUGCCUCAGGCCUCACCAUCCUCCUGCAAGUCAAUGAAAUGGAUGGCCUCCAAAUCAAGAAGGGUGGGAUUUGGGUUCCUGUUAAGCCACUUCCUGAAGCCUUGAUUAUCAACAUUGGAGACGCUCUGGAGAUCAAAACAAAUGGGAGUUAUCGUAGCAUUGAGCAUCGAGCAAUAGUAAACUCAGAGAAAGAAAGACUCUCGAUUGCGACAUUUUGUAACCCCAGAUUUGAUGGUGAAAUUAGACCAGCCUCGAGCUUGAUCACUGAACAAACACCUGCUGCAUAUACAAGGAUCGGAGUGGAAGACUAUACCAAAGCCUUUUUUGCACGUAAGCUUCAAGGAAAAUCUUUUCUUGAUUAUCUCAAACUAUAAAUUAAGCUCCUCGGGUACGUUCUCAUCAAGAUGUAUUGCAUACUCGGUAAGUUUAGAAUAAAUGUGUAACCGCUAAAUCAAUUCAGUCGA